GUUUUUUUUCUUUCUCUGUCAAAAUAUAUGGGUGUAUUUUCUCUGAUUAGUUACGAUUUGGGUAUAUAUUGUUUUUUCUUAAAACCCUAAAUCAAAAGCUACCUGGGGGUAUUGUUGAUUGUAAAGCAUAUGAGCAGUUAUGGUUGUGGAAUCAUGUAUUAUCAAUGGCCAGUAGAACAAAGGGUUGUUCAAUUAGAGAAAUAUCAAUCAUUGAUGCUAUGACUUGGUAAUUUUCACCUCUGCAUAUCUUUAGAACUGACAUAUCUUGAAACGUGAAUAAUGGUUUUAGACUGCGCCUGUUUGAACCGUGAAGUUCUUUUGAAUUGAUUCUUAUGCUGAAAUAUAAUACCAUCUGUAAAUUGAUUAUACAAUUCUUUUGGGAAAAAACCCAGAAGCCUUGUUACAAUGUUAUUAGGAGUUGUAAAUGAUUUCAGAAUAUCUAUCUCCUUUCCUUUUUUUUUUUAACUAGGUGAUAAUGGAUUUUGUUGAUGCUACGCCUAGUAGAAAAAAGCAGAAGCUUGUUGCAGGGCAGAAAGUGGGCGAGAUUAGUGGAGAUAGAAUCAGUGAUUUGCCUGAUGGUCUUCUCCAUCACAUCCUGUCUUUGCUCCCAACCAAAGAGGCCGUAACAACAAGCACACUGUCAAAACGGUGGCGGUACCUUUGGUUUUUUGUUUCUAACUUAUACUUUCGGGAUAAAGGUUUCCACAAAGACAUUGAGAGGAAGGACAGCUUCGCUCGUUUUGUGGAAAGAGCCCUUCUUUUGCAUUCUUCUAAUGUUAAAAUUUUCCGUUUCUCAUGCAAGGGGGGUUGUCUAGAUGCUAUUCGUUUCAAUUCAUGGAUUGGUGCUGCUAUUAGACGUCAAGUCCAGGAGCUUCGUUUAUCCUACAAUUUACGCAAUGUUGUUGCAAUGCCCCUGUGUCUUUGGACCAGUCAAACUUUGAAAGUAUUGAAAAUAAAUUCUCCUGUUUCUUUAGUACUUCCUUCAACAGUUUUCUUUUCAAGCCUUAAGACUUUGCAUCUCCGCAAUGUCCCUUUUUAUGACAAUCUUUCCAUCCAUGAACUAUUUCAUGGUCUUCCAGUACUUGAAGAGUUGGUAUUAUUACGCUGUAAAUGGUUUUCAGGAAAGAAGGCUACUAUUGUUAUCCCAACCGUGAGGAGUUUGACUAUGGAUAUGACUUUUGACAGAAAAUAUGAUGGCGAGAUAGAGGUGUAUGCGGAAAAUCUUGUAUACCUAAGUUGUACUAUUGAUCUGGGGUUUGGUUUGCUUCUAAAAAACUUGUCUUCAUCAGUUGAUGCAUCUAUAAAGGUGACUAGAUUCACAAGAUGCUUGAGAAAGCCUUCGAAAUAUUCUACGAAGUAUGCAACAGAGCUUCUCAGGGGGAUCUGCUUUUCCAAAUCUAUAAAACUUGAUGGUGAAGGCCUUGAGAGAUUCUGUCACUUUCUUAAAGAAAAUGUCAAUCUUUUUCCGACCUUUGGUAAUUUGACCUCGUUGGAGGUGAACACCAGCGUAAAUUGCUAUGGAAUCGAAGUGUUGGUAGCCAUUUUUCAAAAUUCACCUGCUCUUGAAUCUGUUGUCCUUGAGGAGGUAUGUGCUGGGAAUGAUGAAGCAUUGAUGAGAAACUAUUUAAAUCUUUCAUUUUACCUCAAGAGAUGUUGCAUAAGGGUUUUUAAAGGGUGCUCGGAGGAGUUGUGUUUUGUGAAAUUCUUGUUGAGUACUGCAAAGGAGUUGGAGAGUCUAGAGAUAUAUCGUUCGGAGUGUUUAAAAGAUAAUCCCAGCAAGCUAGAUGACAUUGUAAGGCAGCUCAAUAUGUCACCCGGAAUCUCAAGAAAUCAUUUGAUUAAGUGGUUGUAAGUUGUAACCUGUAUCUUGUGUGAACUUUGUUGGAUCUUUGCUCACAUUUGAAGAAUGUGAACUGCCUUGGUAUAUGUAAUUUGAAUUUGAAGGCCAACUAUACAUCUCUUUACGGUUUACGCUUUUUCUGGCAGUUAUAUGAUACCUUGUAUGAAUGUUGUUGACGCCAGAAUUUUCCGCUAGGUACAUGAGACCUACUGCAGGUUUAAUAUAGUUCAAUUGACACU